AAUAUAAAAAAAAAAAAAAUAAAUAAAUUAUGAAAUAUUUUUUAAAAUACGUGAAACCCCACGAAUAAUCGUUCAUACAUAUUAUAUAUAAAUGUAUAGAAAUUUAAGAAAUAAGCAAACGAUUUUAAGAACGGGAAAGAACGCGUUUGAACGCGUUCUAAAUUAAAGACGAAAACCAAAAAUAAAAAAUUUUUUUUUGCAAACAAGUCAGCAGUAAUCUAUUCAAAUCAAAUCUUUCGAAAUGCUUGAAUAAUCCAUUCGUUCUUACUGAAAGCGCUUACCAUAAAAUACGAAAGUAUUGUAAAGAAAAAAUUCUCCAAAUUCAUUAGCGCGCAACGUCAAUAAAGCAACAACGUAAACGAGCUUUUAUCUAAAAUGAGGAAAAAAGCAACAAACAAUUGAAAAUUUAGUAAAAAAAAAAAGAAACAAAAAGAAAAAAAACGAAACAACAUGUUGUUGCGACAGCGAUUUGUUGUUAUUGUUACUCUUUGACAAUUUUGCGUUCGAAACGCGCUUGGUUAAGUUAUUUAUUUACUUUUUUUUUUUUUUUGUUUUUUUUGUUUUGGCUUAACGAUGUUGUCCGGUUGUUGUUUAACAUACCAAAACUCCAAACACGUUUAAUCGUCAUCCUCAGAAACUAACAAAUGAGUAAAAGAAACCGAACACCAACAACUCUAUAAUAGUAAUAGUAGUAAUAAUAAUCGACAUUAACUACGAGCCAAAAAGCAUAUAUGUAUGUAAUGCGAAUAAGAUUGUCGAACAUAUUGCGAAAAAAAGGAAUACAAACAAAUAGCAAGGAAAAAGCAAAAAAAUAAAAACAAAAAAAAAAUAAAUAAAUAAAAAAUAAUAGAAAAAUAAAAAUAAAGAAAAGGCGUUUAUGAUUUUUGGCGUGUUCGCAUUUUUCAUCAUAGCUAUAGUUUCAGUUGUUGUUGUCGUUGGUGUUGUGUUGGCCGUUAAUCUACACAAUAAAGCAACAACCGAGAGCUGUAGUGCAAACGUAAAAGCCGUUAUUAAAAAUUCGCUUGUUGACGUCGUGCAGGAAUUUCAAUUUGAAAUUAUGCCAAAACUACAACAAACCCCCCACCAGCAGCAGCAGCAAAAGCAACAACAUCCAGCCACAACCACAACGACACCGUCAACAUCGGCCGCUACACAUAUAUCUCCCCAUCAAUAUCAACAACCACCGCAACAUCAUCAUCACCAUCAUCAUCAUCAACAUCAACAUCAGCAGCAACAACAGCAUCAACAACAACAGCAGCAGCAGCAGCAGCAGCAGCAGCAUCAGCAUCAACAGCCACAACAUGGGGAAUUUCCUCUGCCAGAUGGUUGGGAUAUUGCUAAAGAUUUCGAUGGCAAAAUCUAUUACAUCGAUCAUAAUACAAAAAAGACAACUUGGUUGGAUCCCAGAGAUCGUUACACAAAACCGCAAUCUUUUGAGGAUUGUGUAGGUGAUGAAUUGCCGGUAGGUUGGGAGGAAGCCUAUGAUCCUAACAUAGGUCGUUAUUAUAUUAAUCAUAUUGCUCAGACAACGCAAUUAGAAGAUCCCCGCCAGGAAUGGAAAAGUGUACAGGAGCAAAUGUUGCGUGAUUAUUUGUCCGCUGCCCAAGAUCAAUUGGAAAAUAAACGUGAAAUGUACGAUGUUAAACAACAAAGGCUGUUAAUAGCCCAAGAAGAAUACAAUCAUCUUAAUAAAUUAGCAGCAAGUCGUAGUAGCUUAUGCUCUUCUUCGUCGUCGUUGAGUCGCCAUGAUCCUGAACUGCUUAGGGCUGAUCUAAUGUUGGCCAAGGAACGCGUACGCCAAUUGAAACAAGAAUUGAAUCAUAUAACCAAUGAUAUUUCUUAUACUGAACGUGGCAUGAAUACUUUAUACUCAGUAGGUGAGAAGAUUAACGCUCGUCAAAACGGUUGUUAUGAUAUUACCGAAGUGCAAGCUAUACGAGAGGAAAUGCUUAAAGUUCACAAAUCCCUAGUGUCGGGAGAAAAAGUCCGUGAAGAGUUGAUGCGUAGCCUAGUGCAAAUUAAAAAUGAACUUAGUCGUCAACAGAUAAAUGAAGAAAAUGCCGAUCUAAUGAAUGCAUCGUCGCCAUUUGAUCGUGUCUGUGUGGCUUCGCAAACAGAUCUUUGCGGCCCCGGUGAUAAUUUAAACAGCGGUGCUCGCUUUGCCGAAAUGGCAAAAACAAAACUCCAAUACGCUGAAUGGCGCAAACAUAUAAAACGUCUGCAACAACAAUUAGCUGAUCAUGUCGAUCGCAUAGAACCCGGUCAAUUGGAAUCAGAUAAGGAUCGCAUUCUUUUAAUUCAAGAGAAGGAAAAACUUUUAAAUGAAUUAAAUAGCAUUUCGCUUAAGUCUCGCACUUCCGAAGAAAUUCAAGUCAUUCAAGAGACGCGAAGAAAAUUGGAGGAAGAUUUGAACGAGGCGUAUGAAGCCACUAAUCAACAAAUUAACAAUCGCUUGCGUUUCCAUGAGGAGAAACAAUUGCUUUUGGGUAAAUUGCAAGAGGCUCUUAAGUCAACUAAAAUGUUGGAAGAAAGAUUGAAAUCAUUUUCUUCGGAAAGCACUUUCUCGAUUAGUAGUGGCUCUAGCAUGGGCUCUCUUUCUACGGCGAGCAGCAAAAGUGCCCUGAGUUUUACAGAUAUUUAUAUAGAUCCCUUCGCAAUAGAUCCGCAAAUCGAUGUCAUUGAUUUGCACCGUCGAUCGCAACGUCUAUUCCAACCGCACCAAGCUCAACCGUUGGCCCAGCAAACUUCCUCUGAUCAAGUAAUGAGUCAUCCGCAACUUCAGCAACAACAAUCCUCGGAAAUUUCACUGUCACCGCGCAGUAGUCUUUCUAUGGAAACUCCACCCGCCUCGCCAAUGAAAUACAAUCCGGUCACCGAGCAAACACAGCUUAAUGUGUCCCAGCAGCAAUUGUUAAAAGAAGAGCCCACGUACGCUAAUGCUGGCGCUGUACUACAGUCCUUCUAUCAGUCUGCUCACUUAACGUCUGCGAAUAGAACACAUCCCUACGAUUUAGAUUCUACGGUUUUGGACUGCAUGAUGCUAGAAGCUAAACUGCAAAAACUUAAUAUGUCAUCGCCUCGUAACAUAGGUCCAUUAUCGCCGAUAUCGGAGAAGCCAUCACUGCUGGAUUUACCGCAGGAGAUAUUAAGUCGUUCAUCAUCCACAUCAAAUACGCGUUCAGUAUCGGCAGCCGUAAGUAAUGAGUCGGUGGCUGGUGACUCGGGGGUCUUUGAAGCUUCACGGGCACAUUUACCUCGCAAAGAAUUGGCGCAAGUGCAAAUUGGUUUAAAAUAUUUAAAAAAGGAAGGUGUCUUAGUAGUAUCACUAGAACGAGCGAACAAUCUCCUAGCGCUUUUAUCUUCAUCAGUGGAAAAUUCACAAGUAUACCUACGAGCUGCCUUGUUACCGAAUUCGUUAACGUCCAUACGCACAAAAGCCAUGCCCGAUUUUCAGAAACCAGUAUUUAACGAUACAUUUGCUGUCCCCAUAACUUUGAGUAAAUUGUUAACGAAAAGUUUGCAUGUAACAGUUAUUAGCAUGACCGGUCAGAAGGAGGAAAUUAUAGGCACUGUACAAAUAAGUAUGGCGGAAUUCAAUCCGGAUGAUUCUACCUUAAAAUGGUAUAAUGUAUUGAGCUCCAAAUUUAUGCCGACGUUCGAACCAUUAGAUAUGCCUUCGACCAGCGCAACAACUGUAGCGACGGGAUCGGUGCCAGCAGUUCACUGUACUUCGACAGUUAAUACGGUAGCUCCUUCCCCAGCUCAUCAUCCUCCCGUGAAUGCGAACAGUAAAGAAGAAUCGUCCGAUGAAUCUACGAUAACAUCAUCGCAAACUUCCACGUUGACCCGCAACCAAGCGCCACCUUUUGAAAUGCAAGCUCAGAUUGCUGAAGAUGUGCGUGAAAAUUUGGAAAUUAAUGAUGACGAAGAAGAAGAAGAAGGCGAUGGCGAAGAAGAAGACGACGAUGAAGAAGAAGAGGACGACGAGGAACUGGAAGGAGCUGUGGGAAUAUCAAAUGAUUACACCAAAAAAAUUUUAGAUGCCUACAUGUACGUAGACAAGGAAACAAAUACAGAAUGUGCAUUUCCACCUGAAAAAUCAAGAUCCCAACAGGGACAGCAAGUCAAUGAUGAUCGACCGGUAAAAAGAUCCCAAACAUUUACACCGUCAGCAGCGGUGGGUAAAAGUCGCUACAUUUGCCGUCUAAAUCGCAGCGAUUCCGAUUCGGCUAUGCAUUUCGGUGUUACACCUCAUCCCUUUCAUCGCGGUGCUGCCGAAAGGCGAUCUUUACGUUUCCACACCAAAGCACCAAAGCCUACUACAAAACUUCAUCAUACUCAUAUACCACGCACUAGUUUAGAUUUAGAGCUGGAUUUGCAAGCUCAGCAUAGCAAAUUGGAUUUCCUCAAUGAUCAAAUAGCUAAACUACAAAAUCUAAAGACAGCAUUGGAAAAGGCCCGAGAUAAUAGAGAUCCUUUGAUUGCUGCUUGGGCUAUUGAAAAUGAAGAAUUCCAGCGCUUAGUUGAGCGUGCUGAUCCUGCAAAAUGUCCCGAAGAGAAACAAUUGCAAAAAUUGCUAAUGAAAACUGCUAAAGAAAUUUACAAAUUACGCAAAACUAAAGUACCUAAAGGGUGCCCGGACUUGGUGUCGUUCAAAGAGAAAAUUUCCUUUUUUACACGUAAAGGAUUAUCGGUACCGGAAUUGCCAAAUGAUUUUACGCUUCCUGAAGCUCAUUCAAUUGAAGAAGAGGAAGAAGAAGAAGUAGAAGAAGAGGAAGAAGAAGAAGAUGAUGAUGAUGAAGAUAACGCUGCCGAAACAGCAAUUGCAAUUAAUACGGCAUUGGUAGCCAGUAGUUUAAGGAACAAGAAUCUCAGUGAAAACCAUAGCGGAGUAACGGGUCGUAGAGCAAUGAACAUUGCUGCUAUCAACUCAAAAGCAAUAAAUACAAAACAAGAAGAAAUUGAAGAGAAAAAUUCUGCAGAAAGCACCAAAGAUCAACAGGCUAAGCAAACGCAGCAAGAAGAACAGCAACGUUUUGAAUAUGUUGUCGAUCGUGAUUACGGUGUUGAGGUGUAAGCUGAAUGAAUCUAACUGUAGAUAUAUAUAUAUAUAUAUAUAUAUAUAUAUAGAUAGAUAUAUACAUAUACCUACAAAAGGACCGACGGAGAGAGAGAUUAAAGAGAUCGAUAGAUAAUUAAUGUAUAAAGCCAGAGAUUAUUAAAAAUUUUUAACUUAAAGCUAAAUUUAAAUUUAUAUAUAAAAUUAAUUUAUUAAUAACGACUACAGUUUUUCAUAGGAUCAUUAUAUAAGCGCGCUUCAUUUUCGAUAGCUUCUUUUGAGUUCAUAUCGCGACAUUUUUCCAAGUCACCUUUGACUUAGCAAACGCUAUCAGUGUUAAUUAUGAAAUAAUAAACUUUUGGGGAAGUUUGAAGACCGUUUGACUACCGCCCUAAUUGUUCAUAGAGACAUUACUAGCUAAGACAUCAUCAGCAGCAACACAAUCAAACGAAAGAAAUGUAUAGAUCUAUACUUGACUCUAGAAAUGAAAGUUACACAAUACAGUUCUAAACUACGUUACGGUCAGCUGCGACGCAAAACUUUGUCGCAUAAUCAUUCCGACAAACACGUUCAGUCCAAUUCCCCUCUCAACAAUUUUAAUUGUUGUGAAUUAAUCCAGCAUUUAAUCAAAAGUUUGCUUGAAGUUUGCAAAAAUACCCACAAAUAUGUGAGGUUUUGUUACGGGAUAACAUGCUGGUGAAAUUAUUGAGCGAGACUUUCUGCAAAGCUCAAUAGGACUCGACAACGUAUCGUAUACGUUAGUUGGUUUCGAUACGGAGGCAUUAAAUGUCACGUAACGGACAAAGAUGUUAGUAGAAAGGAAGAUGUUAGGUGAAGGAACGCUGCUAAAUCAAUGAGACACCCUACAUUCGCGUGGAGUACAUAAAUGUUUAUUAGGAACUAAAGAAAGAGGAAAUACAGAGAGAAACGACAGAUAAAUUGUGCCUUAUAUUAAAACUUACAUUUCUUUUAAUGAAAUUGUAGCAUAAUUUUUUUUUUUAUAAAUAUUUUUACGAAAUACCAUUAAAGUGUCAAAAGAAAAGUUAGUUCUUCCAUAAUGCUAAACACGUUUAAGCAAAAAUUUUACAAAUCGUGAAGAAUGAAAGGGAAGAAUAUUGAGAAAGAUAUUAGUUAGUGUUGAUUAUAUAUGUAAAAUUUUAUAAAAAAAAAAAACAAAAAAAAAGAGAGAAAACAUUUUAGUGUAAUUUAUAAUUAAUUACGUAAGGAAUGUGUAAAGCGCUCACGUUUUUGUUGAGUUUUCAUUUAAGCUAAAAAGAAAAAAAAACAAAAAAAAAAAACAA